AUCUUGAAUUUUUCAUCUUCUCCAAUGGCUUAUGAUUCUGAAAGACCCGAAUCUCCAUCCUUUGAAAGAGGCUCCAGUAACGACGAAUGCACUCGCCCGAAUGAUAUCGCCGGUCUCCACUACAUGUCUACAUGUACUCUUCAAUCUCUUAAUCAAUUGAGAGAUCUCUGUCAGAUUCCAUCUGAAAUCAUGGCGGAAUCGAUGCUGCCCGGUCCUAUGGAAUCUCCAGAAGAUCAUCGCGACGGCUAUUUUUGUGUCUACGAAGUCUAUUUCAAGGGCUGUGGGCUAACCUUUCCUCUUCCUGAAGCCCUAGUCCGGUAUUUAGCAGCCCUUGAGAUUGCCUUGCCUCAACUAACCCGCAAUCUCCUUCGCACCAUCCUUGGGAUUAUAACUGUUGCGGCGGAGGCCAGAUACGUUAUUGGGGUCCCCGAAUUGAACGAGCUUCUUAGCGUGAGGAGUUCGUCGAAGAAAACUGGGUACUUUUCUACGUACCCCAAUGCCGGCAGAAAUCUCAUCUCGCACCUUCCCAACAAAGAUGAGAGCUGGCAUCAUCCUUGGUUUUUAAUUAAGAAAACUCCUGCUUCGAUUGGAAAUCUUUCCGAAGUGCUCCCAUCAAAGCGGUCUGCGAGGCCUCUUUUAUUGCUCCGACUCUCCCAACUGAAGAAUUUAUCAGGUUUUCAAAAUAAUCCUUGA